CUGAUCAUGACGGUCCAAGUGGAUGACAAGGCCUUCGCAGACCUGCUUGAGGGCUUCAAAAUGCUGGGGGGAGACGUGGCCGAUCUUGGGCCUGAAAGUCUCCCUGGUGAUACCGGCGCAGCCAGACAUAGCGAGGUGCUGCCCGAGGAGGAGGUGAAGGGUGCUGCCAGCUGCAGCGAGCAGGAGGCGAAGGGUGCUGCCAGCUGCAGCGAGCAGGAGGAGCAAGUUACCGUUCUGAUCCUGGAAGCACCCAAGUUUCAAAGUUUCACUCUUCGGCUGUUUGCCGUUCGUUUCCCAUUGCGCUUCAAAGCAGCAAGUGUGGCACGUGUGAUAUUGGUAGCAUUAGUUGCCCCAGUUGCUCACUUGCCAUCUUCCAGAUGGCUAUCAUUUGCAGCCCCUUUCACAUGA